AGCACAAGCAGGUUUAGGUGAGAAGAGUGUUGGGGCUCACAGGUAGCGCAAAUCACCCAAACCAAUUAAACUCGCUUUACGCACAAGACUUGGCGCACGGAUCCAAGUAGCUCAAGACAAGAAGGGGCUUCCUCAAAGAAGAAGGGCAUGAAGCUCGGGGUUUUGUGCGGAAACCAUCAUAAUAUGAAGUCGGCUGCGGCAUUCAAGGCUCCGGAGGGUGGGAAGUGUUCGCCUUUCGCCGCCGAGGAGGAGCUCGGCUCAGAUGGAGACUUUGUGGCUCACAGCCCCGCGAGCGGCAAAUCCAAGCCGUACACAAGGAGACCCAAACCACCUUUCUCCUACAUUGCCCUCAUCGCCAUGGCUAUUCGGGACUCACCCUCUGGACGCUUGACCCUAGCCGAAAUCAACGAAUAUCUCAUGAACAAGUUCCCCUUCUUCCGGGGCAGCUACACCGGCUGGAGGAACUCGGUGCGCCACAACCUCUCUCUGAACGACUGCUUCCACAAAGUGCUCCGCGACCCGUCCAGGCCGUGGGGGAAGGACAAUUUCUGGAUGCUGAACCCGAACAGCGAGUAUACGUUCGCAGACGGCGUGUUCAGGCGGAGAAGGAAGCGCCUCAACGUCAGGUUGACCACUCAGCAGCAGCAGCAGCAAAGCUUGGAGCCCGCACAGGACGCACCGCCGAGCACCGACCUCACAGGCAACGCUAAGAAGUUUACAAGUUCCUUUACAAUAGACACCAUCCUCAGUAAACCCUUCAGGAGGGAUUCUAACAACGUUUUGCCACUUGUGUCCCAUGUGGAACACUAUACCGGCAUAAUGAUACAGUAUUUAAAUACACCUGCUGCCUCGUUACCUCACGUCAAACCACCAUACCGCAUGGACCCUGGACCUGCGCAUGCGCCAAUAGGUGGUCUUCUCUUACAAACUUUGUGACGCCUUCAUUCAUUAAUGGGACUCAUUCUUACAUGUUUCAUGUUUCUUCAUAAGUCAUGUGCACUGGUGCUGGAAGGAAACCGGUGGUGAUUAUGAUAAUUAUUUUUGACAUGAUUUUGGUGGCAUUUUGUGGCAGUUUUCUUUAUUUGGUCAUGUAUUUUCUUGUUUUGCUUGCGCAUCCAGCUGUGGUUUGUCAUAACUGUUACUUAUUGUAAAUAUUUAAAGCUGGCCGUUUUGCACUUUCUUUACGAUAUACUGAUUGCAGCGAAAUAAAAACUAUAUGUUGAUAUGUAAAGUUGUCACGUAUAUUUCACAUCAAAAUCAAAAAGCAGUUUGGCAGUGUUGCAUGACCCUACCUGCACUAUAAUAUUUAAUGAAGCUUAUUCACUGCAGCAAGAAAAUAUCAUAUUCUCAUGUGUUGGUUUCGUGCAAUUAAAGUAUGAAUGAAAAUUAAUUCACUGAUUGGUGCGUACGCUGUACGCAUGCGCAGGGGUGCUUCCUGAGCGCUUUUUAAAAGCGCUUUUUAAUAAUAAACACGGCAACACGUUCUUUGUUCAUCUAAUUGUGUUAUUAUAUUUAUCGUAUGUAAGGGUUCAUGUUCACGUAUUUAA